AUGAUUUGUUGCGAAAAACAUUUGACGCCAAGGAAGCAGCAACAUAAGCCAUUUACAAUUUUGGCCCCAUCGAACGCCGCCAAGCUACACGCGACCGGUACACAGCGAGAAAAUUUCAUCAAACAGAUAAUCCUAGACCACGUAGUAUUAGGAUCGAUAGUUAACAUUACAAAUAAUACAAAAGAAAUAUCUUUUGAGACACUAAGAGGCAAAACUGUACACGUACGUCGCAAAGAGGAUAAGUUACUGGCGAAUGACGUGCUCAUACUUCAGUCUAAUGUAGGUGUUCCCAACGGUGUGAUAAUCGUUUUGGACAAGUACCUGUUCUCAGAUGAGCUUUCUAUUAAGAAAAAUACGUCACAAGCAAAACUGAACGUUAGCUCUCACACCGUAGUGACUGUGAAGGAACAGCCAUCGGUUCAGUCUAAUACAACAUUUAUUCAAAAUGUUCUACAAGUCUUAUCCUACCUUAAAAGCGGCGUUAGAGUCUUCCAACAUUUCCUGUCGAGAUCCAAUGUUUCCAAAUUACUAGAAGACGGUGAAAACUAUACGGUGUUUGUUCCAACCGAUCACGCUUUCCACCGAUGGCAUCCUAUCGAUUGGGGAUUUUACCCCUUUAGCGUGCCCGAGUUUACUGAAAGUGUUAUAAUUAAUCAUUUCGUCAAGGGAAACUAUCUACAGGAUGACGUUAAGGAUAAUCAAAUUGUUACGACAUUGGGAGGGCGACAAAUCGUUUUUCGCAAAAUACCUUUUUUAAUGGUAAAUGGAGUUCAAGUCGUGAAAGGGGAUACACCUGUUGCGAACGGAAACAUUAUGUUCACGGGAGAAGUUUUAUUCGUGAAUGAGUCGGUUGUAUCGCGUUUACAUCAGCAACACAGAGACAAAGAGACGCCGCCACUUCUAGCAUUUCCAUGGUUUGGGGCGCAAUUUCUGUCGCACGCCUUCCUAGCGUUGGAGAGGGAUAGGAGAUUUUCGCACAUUACACGGUUUUUAAAUUUGGCGGAUUUAGCUCCCCACGUUUCCGGAACAGGUUACACGUUCUUCGUGCCCGUAGAUACGGCGUUUGAGGCAAUCGGACUGGAUAAGAUGCCCGACAAUUACUUAUCAAAUGGAAACGGCUUGCAAGUUCUAUUAAACCACUUCGUCAAAGGAAGACUAUAUGACAGAGAUUUAAAGGACGGAACGGAGUUGCUGUCGUUGGGGAAUAGCACAAUCAAGAUCGCCCGAAAAAAAGAAAGGGUCGAUGUCAACGACGCAGUUAUAGUUGAAAGUGAAGUGUUUGUAUACAAUUUAGGGACCAUGUUUUACAUUGACAAAGUUUUGUUUUCCAAAAGAGAUUUUUUACCCACAAGUACUAUAGCCAACGACAUAAUACCGACACAGCGUCGCAAAGUACCAAGCAUCGUUGAGAAGGUCCCCGACGAGUUGCUGGAAGAGAUGGGCUUGGAACCAGAUCUGCUAACCGAAAACGACGCAACAACCUCCACAACAGUUUGGAGCACACCAAACGUGACCAGCAGUUCAAAUGCCACGAUAAAAUAAUGUUCAUCCAAUAAACUUGAGAACCAUAAGUGUGCGCUUUGUAAAUUAAGUAUUUAGUGGGCGAAUGCGUAUAUGUUUCUAUCAUCUGCAUCCUUCAUCCAGCCAAAAGUAUAAAAUUAGCUUUGUAAAAUAAAAUUGACUGAUGUAAAUGAUCAUAAUAAUAUAAAAGUAAAUAUUUUACAAAUUUGUAAAUUUUAUUAUGUAACUUACACAUUAUGGCUAGUUACAGUAUGUGUAGUUAUAAAUGUUAUUACUUAAUAAGUUUAUUACUCGAUUUAAUAAGAAUUAUGUUACAAUGUAUAUGUAUGUUUUAAUGUAAGAAAGGGUGAUUAUUUUAGUACAAAAUAUAGUAUGAAGUAGU